UCCCACAUCCAAACAAAAUCCCGAUCUCCACAACGCGACAAAAUUUUUUAAAAGAAGAAGAAGAAGGAGAAGAAGAAGAAGAAGAAGAAGAAGAUGGAGUUCUUGGCUCAAAUGUGGUCGUUGCUGGGGCUGCUGACGGUUCUGCAGAACGUGCUGCCGUCCCAACUGCUGUGGCUGCUGCACUCGCUGUGGCAGUCGGUCCAGGACUCGCUGACCCCCUACUCCUACUUCGACGUGCCCGAGUUCCUGGGGUCCGCCUCCGUGGAGCCCAACGAUCUGUACCGCCACGCGCACCUCUACCUCCACCACUCGCUCCUCCCGGACUCUCCCCCGGGCCCGCCCCGCCUCACCCUCUCCCUCCCGCGCUCCCCCGACCCGGCCUCCGCCGCCCCCUCCUUCUCCCUCUCCCCCAACCACUCCCUCGAGGACGCCUACGCCGGCCACAGGAUGCUCUGGACCCACCACGCCGACACGCUCCAGGACUCGCUCGAGGAGCGCCGCGCCUUCUCCCUGCGCCUCCCCAAGCGCCACGCCGCCGCCCUCCUCCCCGCCUACCUCGCCCACGUCUCCGCCGCCGCCGACCGCCUCGAGCGCUCGUCCCGCCCCCGCCGCCUCCACACCAACUCCCCCGCCGCCGGGGCCGGGGCCGGGGCCUGGUGCUCCGUCCCCUUCCGCCACCCCGCCACCUUCGCCACCCUCGCCCUCGACCCCGCCCUCAAGUCCCGCCUCGUCGCCGACCUCUCCGCCUUCGCCGACGCCCGCGACUUCUACCGCCGCACCGGCCGCCCCUGGAAGCGCGGCUACCUCCUCCACGGGCCCCCCGGCUCCGGCAAGUCCUCCCUCGUCGCCGCCAUGGCCAACCACCUCCGCUACGACGUCUACGACCUCGAGCUCACCCGCGUCGCCUCCAACGCCGCCCUCCGCUCCCUCCUCCUCCAGACCACCAACCGCUCCCUCAUCGUCAUCGAGGACAUCGACUGCUCCCUCGACCUCACCGCCGACCGCCGCCGCCGCCGCCGCCACCCCCCCAAGCAAGCCAGAAAACAAGCAAAGAAGAUCGGAUCCCUCGACGAGAGCGACGGCGACGCGUCGGACGCCGACGACCGUCGCAGCGCCGGCGACGAAGGCCGGGUGACGCUCUCGGGGCUGCUGAACUUCACCGACGGGCUGUGGUCGUGCUGCGGGGACGAGAGGAUCAUCGUCUUCACCACGAACUACGCGGACCGGGUGGACCCGGCGCUGCUGCGGCCGGGCAGGAUGGACGUGCACGUGCGGCUGGGGCCGUGCGGCGCGCACGCGGCGCGGGAGCUGACGGAGCGGUACGUCGGCGUGGCGGAGCACGAGCUGUUGGGGGAGGUGGAGAGCUGCAUCGAAGCCGGUGCGGAGAUGACCCCCGCGGAGGUGGGGGAGGUGUUGCUGAGGAGCAGGGAGGAGCCGGACACGGCGGUGAGGGAGCUCGUCGCGGAGCUGCGCGAGAGAUUGCGCGGCGGCGGGAGAGGCGACAAGGACGUGGAAGGGUGGGAGGAGCCGGUGGCGGAGAGCUCCGAGGGGUCGCCGGAGAAGAAGGAGACGAGGUGGGAGGGGAGGGGGCGGCUCCGUAGCUUGACCAAGUCAGAUUCCGGGAGGAGGGGAGUGUAGCCAAGUUCGUUAUUGUGGAGUUUGUUACUUCGUUGUGUGAUUAGCUAUAAUAAGCGAAGCGUUUAUGCGAGUGCUAAAGUAGUUCUGUAACAUUGUUGUUGUACAUUAUUAUGGACUUUAUUCUGUUUCAAUCGUUGCAUCAUCAGCUGUGGCGCUGUGAGUUUACUACUAAAAAGUUUGAAUCUAUGCACGCGCUC